AUGGCUUCCUCGCAAAAUCCCCCCCGGCGGCCGCUUGCGGCGGGGCAGUCCGCCUGGCCGGAUCUACCACCGGAGCUUCUGGAGAGCAUCUUACUCCGCCUCGACCCGCUCGACCAUGUCGCCGUCCGCCUCGUUUGCUCCUCGUGGCGCUUGUGCGCGCGAGCUUUGCUCUCGGCUGACCUCCCCUUCGAGGCCCCGCGACUACUCCUCCGUCGCCCCGGAUCCUGCGGCAGGCUCACCUUCUUCAGCCUCCGCCGCCUGGAGAUCCUCCCUUACGCUCUCCCCGGCCGUCUCAACGCCGGCCGGUGCUGCGGGCAGAUCGGCUGCUGGCUCGCGAUGGCCUUCGACGAGGAGCGGGCGAUCGAGCUCCGCAACCUCUUCUCCGGUGAAUCCGUGGCCAUGCCCCGGCCCCCCGUGUUCCCGGUCGCCAAGAUAAUGCUCUCCGCGCCGCCUACCUCGCUGGGGUGGGUGGCCGCCCUGCUGGGCAACUCGGGCACGCUCGCGCUGCUGCAGCCAGACGUGUCCGGCGGCGACGCCUGGAUCUCGAUCGCGGCGGGGGCAGAGCACGGAGGGUUCCGGGACAUGGCCUUCUGGCGCGGGCGGCUCUGUGCGGUGGGCUACGACGGCACGGUGCUGGCCUACCGAGCCGACCUCCGCGCGCGCGUGGCGGCCGUGUCGGAGCUGCGGGAGAAGGACGGCUGGCCUGAGAGGAACAUGCUGAGGCAUUGGCGGCGCCGCACGUACCUGGUGGAGUCCGAGGGGGAGCUCCUGCUGGUGAGGAAGCUGUACAGUGUGGAUGGGGACUGGGCGGAGGUGGAUGUGGAGGUGCAUCGGUUCCGGCCGGAGGAGUGCAACUGGGAGGAGGUGGAGGAGCUCCCAGGGAGGGCGGUGUUCGUGGGGGCGGUGGCGUCGGUGGCGGUGCUGGUGACGGCGGCGCUGCCGGGGGUCCGGGAGAACUGCGUCUACUUCGCGCGGCGGGAGGUGGACAUGAUAGUGCCGCAGGCCAUCGGCGUGUACUCGCUGGAAGACUUCGAGACUUCGGUAGUGGCCAUCGCCGGCGGGCACUCCGCCGACGUGGAGCCCGUGUGGAUCAUCCCCUCGGUUCCCUGUUCCCACGCGUCGGCGUCCAGGAAUUAUCAGCAGGCUUCCCGCCUUUGCGAUGGAUGA